AUGCCGCCGUCCGGGAACGAAAACCCAAAUCCCAUGGACAUGGAUUCAUUUCGAACGGCGUCUCCUUCCAUUCCCAGUCCGGUACAUAGCGAUUCGUCGGGAGACGAGAGCGACAGUACUAUAGCAGAAGCCAUCAAUUACUGGUUCCAAAGACUCGAUGAUCCUGAAAUUAAUCGCAUACAAUUAUUAGACGACAACGAUAGCGAGACAGCAGACGAAGACGAAGAACGUACGCUAAAAAGGAACUCUGAAGAUGAUGAUGAUGCCGAACAACCGGCGAGGAAGAUAUCCAAGAGACACGCUUCUAGCGACACUGAAGAAAACGAUGUUGACAUGUUACCUGGACCUUUCUGCUCGAAUACCUCACCACACCAACGGUCCAGAGAUUCGAGACCGCCGGCUCCGUCUGUGGCUAGUGUUUGCCCGCAGCAGUCGGCCCAACUGCCCUGCCAACUGGAUCCACUGUCUGUCGAGGAACGUCAUCGUAGUUUGAGUAGUUCGACAUGUACAAUAAUUGUGCCUCCGAUCCCAGUACAUGACUAUUUUGAAUUUACUGACUCGGACGACCAUAGUCCAAAUAUCGACUCCGACAGUGUCCACGAACGUCCACGGACAAGAAGACCUGAUCCUAUGCCGGACGAUUUGGACGAAUAUGCAGUCGACUACAUGUCGGACUCGAUUGACGACGACGACGACGACGAUGGGUUUCGCUUGGUCAUCGACGAGAGUAAUGGAAUGGAGAUGGAUGGAUCAAGAUAAUCGAUAGAUCUCACAACAGAAUGAUUGCACUUGUGACUUUUUUGUGAACAUUGGACCACAAGCCUGAAAAUUAAUUUCAACGUAGGAACAAGUAAGAAAGACGUUGACGCAGUGGCAUCGCGACUCCAACUGUUGGUGCCGUCAAGCCCCGC